AUGGAAGACCCAAUCAAACGCCGCAAUCGUGGCCCAACUUGGCCCCUCGAUUCCCGGAUCGAAUCCCUGCGGGGCCCGCCUUCCCAAUCGGACCGAUUCCAGCGAUUCUGUCUCGCUCUUCGUGGGCUUCCAAUUGGACCCAUCAACGGACCGAAAAAUACACUGGGCCAUUUUAAAUCUGCACAUAAAUAAAAGUAGUCUUAGUUAUUUAAAUGUUCUCGUAGAUAUGCCCUUCCCCUUCCCGCUAUCUCCCUGCCUCCCUCCCGCCUGGUCCUGGUGUACAGCUCCCCAUACAUACUCCCCAUCUGCUGGUGGCUUCUGCUCUUCGCCGAUUCCGUCCUCAGCUCGGCUGCCACCCGCCCAUCUCCUCGUCCGACGUUUCAGUACGGACGGAGGCGGGGCGGGCAUGGCGACUCUGCUCGGAGCCAUAGUCAUAAUCUUUCACGAGGGGGCUCUAAACUCUGAACCCUAAACGUCGCGGGGGAAAGGUGGGAGACUGCCGGGGCACGCCUGUUGAAGUUUGAUUUUUUUUCCUUGAGGCCCUCCUGUCCGUUGUGCUCAUAGUGGGGUGCGGUGGACGGGAACUUGGAAGGGAUCAGAGGAAGGGAGAUGGGCCCGAUUCGCAGAAGCAACGGUCAUUUCAGGACGAGAGACCGAAAUGCCCGCCAGUUGUACGAAAGGUUGACAGCGGAGCUAAUCUAUCUCUGUUAUUCCCUGGAGCUCCACCAAGUUAUGACGUGCAUUCUCACUUGAAUCUACCUGCUUCUUUUCUUGCUCCAGGCAGCAGAUGCUUGCACCGCAGAGAAAGGCCCUGCCUAUAGCAUCUGGUAUAUUUAUGUUUCUGACUUACUUAAUAUUACUUCUGUAUUUCCCUGGCUGAAUAAACGAAAAUUAGUCAUUCAGACUGUAGAGCUCACAGGAAGGUUAAUUGCCUGUUCAACGUGUACACUAACCUGUUUUUUAAGUCUGUUAUUAUAGAUCUCUAUCGAGAGUCCAUUACAUAGUCGUUGAAAGAUCUAUGGAUGAGAAAUGUACCAGCUAUUGCCUAACGUUUGGCAUGGCAUUCUAGUAGUCUGUCAAAUCUGGGACAUUUUUUAACGGGUUGCUUUCUAACUCUCAGAAGUCUGUCAAAUCUUACGUGGUGUCUAUGCGGCGUAGAUUACUUUUCUGGGAUUAAACGAAAUGAUUCUGCAUAUUAUCUGGGUUUUUUUUUUUGAAUUGGUUAUUUUUUUCAUUUAUGAUUCAGUGGCGAGUAGGAUUGUUGAAGAAGUGAAGAACAAUGACACUCUUAUCAUAGUAGGUGAAACUGGGAGUGGAAAGACAACACGUAAGUAUGGUUAAUUGACAUAUUCUACUUAUUAUUCAAGUGUGCUCAGUAUUACUUCCUGCAAGACUUUAUUUGGUUUCGUUUAUUGUAGAAAUUAGCGUGUUUCAGUUAGUUUCAUCAUGUAAGUUAGUCGAACUGCCUGAAUUUUAAAAUCCUAGGUUAUAAGGGAUAUAUUUUUAGCUGGGGUUUGGUUAAUUGGGUCUCUAAACCACAACAAUAAGAGAUCAGAUCGUAACAAAACUUGGAAAUACGAUACUUUUUUUGAUGGUAGAUGGAAAAGGAGUUCGCAACUUUGGAAAGGGUGAAUAUCAUAGUCCACUCCUCGCAGAAUCUUAUUAGUGUAUAGUUGAUAGAUCAUCUCAGAUGAUGAAAUGAAAUUGAACGAUUAGGGUGUUUUAAGGCCAGAAGUUUCGUGUGGUAAGUCGAUGAGAAAAUCAUUCAAUAUUAAGAUGUCUUACAAGCUGGAGGCAGUUUGAUGAUAAGUGCCUUUUGAAACUUUAGGUCGGAGAAGGCUCCAAAUCUCAUGAAAUUCAGAGAGCACAUCCUAGUUAAGGCCAAAUGAUAUAUGCGGAAUUCUUUUGAAAGGAAUAAUUCGUAAAGUAGAUCUUCAUCUCAUUAUAUGCAAUGUCCAGCAUAACUUGGGGAUUUUCAUAUGUUUGUAAAAUGAAACUAGUGAUAUGUGAAUUAUCUUUACGAGUGUUGUUUGAUUACCGGGAAUCCAUAUUUCUGAAGUGAGAAAUUUCAGACCUCUGUGUUUGAUAGGUACAAACUUAGCAGGCAGUGCGGGUUUAUAUUGUUUUCUGUGCAAGUUUUUGAAGACCUAGUUCAUGUGGAUUUAGAGGGAUGAACAUCCAUUUUGGUGUCAUAAACUUGAUUUUUCAUGGUUUAGUGUGUAUACUUAUCAUCAUACACUUUCUUGUAUAGACAGGGACGUUAAGGUUUUUAAUGGAUACAAUUCCGUUUUUAAUUUAUACAUUUUGUCACAUUGAGUUCAGUAUAUUGGGAUAUGACUGUUAGAAUCAAAUUUGGUAGCGAGAUUGUUGGGCUUCCUCCACUCUCUGUUGGAGAUUGAUCUCAGCCCAAAACUAGCUGUGAAUCAGCUGAUUUGUUGUUCCAUUUGGCAAAAUAAGAUGAAUUUGAUGGUCACAUCUCGGCAUUGCAUGAGAAAGGUCCAAAGCAGUUGGAGUCUACUCGUCAAGCCCGAAUUUGGGGUAUUAAUCAUGCCAUUCCUGACGCUUGAACCACUAAGUAACAGACCUAUUUCCAAUGGGAGAUAAUUGUUUAGCUAAGAACAUUCAAUAUGCGGUGGGAUAGUUAUGUUGUUAUGUUUGAACUGUUCACUCUUUAUUAGAGAACUUAUAUAUUCAGCAUUUACUUUUGUUUCUAUCUGUGCUUUUAGAUUGAGAGUUACUUUUAUUUAUUUAUUUGAAUUAUCUGUUUGUAAAGUAUUACAUGUCGAUUUCAUCUUUUUCUAACUUUUUCUUUUCUUUUGACAGAAUUGCCUCAGUUUUUAUUUGAUGCAGGACUGUGCAGUGACGGGAAAGUCAUUGGAAUCACCCAACCCCGUCGUGUCGCAGCUGUCUCUGUGGCAAAACGUGUUGCUGAAGAAUGUGGAGUUGAGCUAGGCCAAAGAGUAGGAUAUUCUAUUCGGUUUGAUGAUGUUACUUCUAACUCAACAAGAAUUAAAUAUAUGACUGAUGGAUUGCUAUUAAGGUAAUUUUUUCGCGAAUAUGUUAAACCCAUGAUGGCAUACUCCAUGCUUGCAUUUUUAUUUCAAUACUGAUCAUGAGGUUGAGAUCCCCCCUCUUCAACUAUUUCAUUAUGUCUUGGAUGUGGCCAAUGUUGAGUAGGAUGUGUGCACUCUGCUUUGUACUUGUCAUAUGGUUUGAUCUUUCACCUCUUCAUAUAAUAAUACUAAAGUUACGAAGCAUUCCCUUCUGUAGUCAGGGGAGCCACUCGAGUGGAAUAUCGUUUGAAACGAAAUACGACGAUGGGCAUAUGUGGGUUACGUAGUGGAGUGAUAUGGAUUAUCAUAUCAAGACGGUUGUCGGUUUCUGCCAAGUGGACUUGUACGGAUCAACUGCAUAUAAGUAUGGGGAAGAAACCUCCCAUAACAUAGAUUAUUCUUGUGAAGAAUUGUGGGGAUGUGUUCCAAUCUAUACUCAGACAUGCCACUCGUACACAUUUCCAUGACAAGGUCAAAAGACUAUCGUGUAUUGAAUUUUGUUACUAAAAAUAGAAUAGUUGUUUUGAUGCAAUUUUUUGAUCAUGUGUUUGGUUUGAAUGUAAUUUAUUCAGACGGUUGUAAAUGUGUUAAUGACAACUUUUAUCAACGUUUGCUGAAAUUCAAUUGUAGGAAUUAUGCAACUUUUUGAUUGUGCCUAUUGUUUGAAUGUGACUUUUUGGAUGGUUGUUAACUUAAUAAUGACAUCUCACUUCUAUAAGGUUUGAUUAAAAAGUAAGUUGCUGGAGGUGUGCAACUAAAUUUGAUUCACCAAGUUUACAGUUCUACAUUUGAAUCUUAUGAUUUUGUGUUUAUUAAAGACAAUGCACGAUUGAUUAAAAUAAAAUACGCCAGUACGGUGAGUCGUUCAUGUUGGAAGCAUGUGAUCAUGGAGUAUCUUUGAGCCAUUUUAUUUUGCGAAAUACCCUUCACUAUAAAAAUUUAUAUGCCUGCUAUAUAAUUUAUGAUUGUGAUGCUUGUACGUUUGGAUGAAAGCAUCCCUCGGAAGAAAUAUCAAUUUCCAAUGUAAAAAGUCGGUAAUAUAACCUGGGUCAUUGACAUGUCUCUGUUCGUUUGAAUUUACAGGGAAGCAUUACUAGAUCCUUUUCUAUCGAGAUAUUGUGUGAUAAUUAUUGAUGAAGCACAUGAACGAACGGUUCAUACCGAUGUCUUACUGGGGUUAUUAAAAAACGUACAAAAUGCAAGAUCAAAAUAUGCAACGACAGAAUAUGACCAUAGUAAAAAGGAUAGCCUCUCUGAGAAAGGGUGCAAUGGUCUACGGCAGACAAAGUUACUGACUUGUCAAGAUACGAAGCUUGCUCCUUUAAAAUUGGUCAUAAUGUCCGCUAGCUUGGAUGCAAGAGUUUUCUCGAGGUAUUUUGGUGGUGCAAAAGCUGUACAUGUUCAAGGGAGACUAUAUCCUGUGGAAAUACUCUAUACGUAUCAUCCUGAACCCGAUUAUGUGGAUGCUGCAUUAAUUACAAUUUUUCAGGUGAUUAUUAGACUACUGUCACCUUCUAAUUUAAAUUCUAGUUUUAUCGUUCUACUUUUGAAUGGGACCCUGUCAUAUUCUUGAAUUUGUUCUGUUUUUGAUACUAUUUCUUGUUUUCUCGAUUGUUGCUAUACUGCCUUAAUUACGAAUUGAGACUUCUGUGGGUUUUUUUCUCUAUUGUCCGUAUUAGAUAAUAAGGCCAAUAGUAAAGAUUUUAAGUUUGCAUUUCUUCCUAAUAUUAUAAGAAAAAUCCAUGUGAAGCUUUAUCUAUGCUGCCCCACGGGGUGGGUAUUGUAUCUCGGUUUUUUUAGCAGCUUUUUAGCAUAGUAUUUUCAUUUUUCUUGGUUUAUUUUUUUCUUUCAUUCUUUCCGUUAUUUCUAUUGUUUUCUCGAGAAAUAUUGUUGGCAAAUUCCAUAUAUGGAAGUAAUAUGGCAAAUUCCAUUUCUCAUGACCAAACUAGGGAAGUAAUAGAUUGUAGAUGAUAGUAGCCAUUAGAUGUAGUUAGUACAUCUAUGUAUUGAGGAUUGCUAAUUUAAGUUUAUAGAUUAUGCACCAUACACGUUUUCAUUUUAAUAGCCUGAUUCUCAAGAUAUGCAUUCCUAUGUAUCAGGCAAGUUUUUUCUUUUAAUGUCAUUAUUCUCUAAACAUUUGCUUUCAUGUCAGAUUCAUUUAAAUGAAUGUUCGGGGGAUGUCCUUGUUUUUCUAACUGGACAAGAAGAAAUUGAAUUCGUUGAAAGGCGUAUCAAAGAGGGCACAGACCAGCUGCCAGAUGAGAAGAAAAAUGUUGUGGUCGUUCCUAUUUAUUCAUCUCUACCGUCAGAACAGCAGAUGAAAGUUUUUAAACCAGCACCAUCAGGGUUUCGCAAGGUGAUUUUAGUGUCAUUAUUUUUGAAUUUUUAGAUAGUCACAUGGAAUUUCAUGAACACGCAGUAAACUCACUUCGUUCAUGUAGUUAUCAUCUCAUAGUGGGUUGAGAUUGGUGUCGUUAUUUGAUGUUUCUUGUGUGCUUCAAAUUGCUCAACUUUUUGUUAGUCUGCUUCUGGACAAAGGUAGAUAUACCAUUGAGACAUUUAAGUACUUUAACCAUUUUGAUCGUGUUUUACCCUAUCAAUUGGACUAAUUUUGUGUGAAUAUUUUGUUUCAAAUGACUAUACUCUUUAUAUUAAUUCAAAAUUCCAUGCGAAUAAUGUUCUCACCAACGUUGUUGGUAAAUGAGUUUAUGGAUCGCUGCAGGUCAUAUUAGCUACGAAUGUUGCUGAAACAUCAGUUACAAUCCCUGGAAUCAAAUAUGUCGUGGAUCCAGGAUUGGUGAAAGUUCGCUGUUAUAACCCUGUCACAGGUGUAGAAUCGUUGAUUGUCAUCCCAACCUCGAAAGCACAGGCUCUUCAAAGGAGGUAGGCAUUCUAGGAUUGUUCUGUCACAAUUGGUAGCUUAACAUUAAGGAUUGAUUUCCUCUUAUUUUCUUCUUGUGAUUGCAUAGUCUUACACUUACCCUAAAUUAUACUGGCAUAAUUUUCUCCUUUUAGUAUCUAUUUUCUCAUGAACUUAUGCACGCCUAAUGCAGUGGCCGUGCUGGACGGGAGGGACCAGGCAAGUGCUUCCGAUUAUACCCAGAAAGUGAGUUUGCGAAGCUUAGAGACUCCAUUAUUCCAGAAAUCAAAAGGUGCAAUAUCUCCAACGUUGUACUCCAGCUCAGAGCCCUGGGUAUUAAGGACAUACUCGGAUUUGAUUUCAUAGAUAAACCACCUAGGUGAGAACUGAUGCUAUCUGUUUCAUUACUUUUUACUUCUCAUGAGUCAGUAAUGCAUACAGUAAGAUUUCAUGUAUUGAAUGAUGGCAGCAGCUUCAUUUAAAAAAUUAUUUUGUUUCCUUUAUAACUCAACAUUCAAUUUAGGAUCCUUGUUGUCGUGGAAGCUUUAUUUGUUUGGAAGCAUCUGCAUAAUAGAAACAUGGAGCGUUUGUGCCUUUUAAUCCCCACUUGUAAUGUGUGAAUGCACCAAUACAUAAUAAUUUCCUGGCGCUUAACCUUGUGGGUUCUGGUUGAGGCCUUGCCACUUUGCCCCUUGCCACUUCUGUUGAGGCCUUUUGCUUCAAUUGCCUACUGCCAUGACUCGCCGAUCGUGGUCCAAUAUUGCCAUCCCUCUUUGUCUGGUUACAAUUAAAGCUGAUUUGGUGAUCACGCCAAUUGAUUUCAUUGCUAUUUUAAAUCAUGCUGUGGGGCAAGUGCUCGAGGAUUUAAGAUGGUUAGUCUGCAUUCACUUUGAUGGUUCUAAUGCUUUGGGAGCUUCCCCUUUUGGAUACUUUCAUCCAUCAUCGUUUGCUUGCAAUUUGAACAUUAUUCCCUUUACAGGGCUACAAUCCUUGAAUUUACUGGGGUGUCUUAUAACUAUUUGAUUAUUUUCUCAGGAUGGCAGUUGUAAAAUCGUUAGAGCAAUUGCUUUUACUAGGCGCGCUGACAAAAGACUACGAGUUGUCAGAUCCAGUUGGUUAUCAAAUGGCCCAGAUUCCAUUGGACCCCCUGUAUUCCAAGGCGCUCAUUUUGGCCAGGGAAUUCAAUUGUCUGGAAGAAAUGCUAAUCGUCGUUGCCAUGCUUUCGGUGGAGUCCAUCUUCUACAUCCCCCACGAGAAGUUGGAAAAGGUAGCCUUGCCCUCACUCUUGUUAAAGUUUCUUGUUUAGUUUCCUCUAUUAGUUUCGGUUGGUUUAUAAGUUGGGCAUGCGAUACGUUUUCUUGGACUAAUUUGACUUUUUUGGGAGAUAAAAUUAUUCUCUGUUAGACGGGAUGAAUCUUACUCUAAUUGUCUUCUCGGUCUCAAGAAUCUUACUCUUACUGUAAUGGUGUUAGUCCAGAGCGUUGACUUGACUGUGCCCAUGAAUCAGGGGGGGGGGAGAUUUCCAUCAGAUGCCAUGCUGCGAGUGUGCCAUCAGAUGAUAUAUAUCUUGCAUUUUUACGCGACCAAGUGGGCGAAUCUCCAUUGUUGCGCUUGUCUUGUUUCUCAGGCGAAAGUGGCGAUGAGAUGCUUCUCAAGCCCAGAGGGGGACCAUACCACCCUGAUAAAUGUCUACAGAGCCUCCAAAGAGGUCUUGGACAAGAGCCGAGCGGCAGGUGGCGAUGAGAAGAUGGCCGAGAGGGGCCUGAGUAAAUGGUGCAAGGAGAACUUCAUCAAUAAACGUUCAUUAAAGCAUGCCCGUGACGUCCACAGGUGGGCAAUAUUUCAGGAGACCUCAGCUCCAUGUUGACGAAUGGUUGAUUCUCUGAGCCUGCGAGUCAAUCACAUGGUGCGUUUGCUGUUUCUCUGGUCUCCAUUGCAGUCAAGUUCAUGGAUACGUGAAGCAGAUGGGCUUCGCUGUUACUUCGUGCGGGGAUGACAUGCUGCAGUUUCGCAGAUGCCUCGCCGCCUCCUUCUUCCUCAACGUGGCUUUACGGCAGCCCGACGGCACUUUCAGGUGUGACGCUCUCUCUCUCUGUUCUCAACAUGGCCGGUGCUUUUCUUCUGCGUUGAACUCUGUCUAACCCGUGCCCAUGGCCUUUUGUUACUCUUCUUUUUGGUUGGUGGUUGGUGGUUGCUGGGGGACAGGGCUCUAGGGAGCAACCAGACGGUGCGGAUCCAUCCGUCGUCGGUGCUCUUCCGCUCCAAGGCGGAGUGCGUCAUCUUCAACGAGCUCGUGCGGACGAACCAGAACUACCUCCGCAACGUGACGAGCGUCGACCCCCUCUGGCUCCCCGAGUUGGCUCCCCACUACUUUUCCUUGAGAGAACCUUGA